ACUCUACGUGCCCAUGCUAAUUUACACUCCGUCAGCAAUUGAGUUCUCCGUACGCGUGUGCAGACAUAUUUUUGACAGGGUGCUGUGCGUUCUUCUCCACCCCUGCAGCUUGGUUGUCACCUGCAGCUGCUGCAGCAGUAAUUGAGAUAAUUCGGUCCUGACUAUUUAUGAUCGGGAUCUCGACGUAAAACUCCACUCAGAGUCUUUUGUGUUCACAACUACAGCUGUGGAUCUGUAGAAUAGGCCCGCACUGCUUUGAUACUUGUGGGUUCUCUUGUUUUUUCGAAAGAGAUUCAGACUAAUUUUCGCCAGUUGCCUCUGAAUCAAGUUGCGGUUAAGCUUGGGCUUCAGACACCACUUCCGCUGUAGCCAAAUUUGCCCAAGAGAACAGGCUUUCCCAUGGGGACCGGUCGAUCAAGCUGGCCUCUUUAUAGGUCUUGUCAAGCUUGUAUCUUUUUGACACGCUCAAUGGUAUUGAAAGGGCUUUUGAUGGUCGCCAAUUGCAAUUGCAAGCUUAAGAGGCAUCCUCGAGAACAUACCAAAUGUAGUGUUUGGUUUUCGCGCAAAGAUUCUUGUCACGAACUACCCUCGGCGCUCUCUCAUCUCGUCUUCAUAUGCAUCUUUACGUCCUUUCCAUGAGGCCAAGAUUGUGAUCUAACACUAUUGCUGGUGGUCUUCUU